AUGAGGGAAGACGACAUUUUGGCGAUUAUCAAUUCCAGCGACUCUGACGUAAGUGAUUUUAGUGCUUCUGACUCAGAGUAUAUUCCGGAUUCCGAGAACGAAGUAGACGAGUCUCCGAGCGAGGAUGAUGAAGUAACGGAUAUUGAUAAUGCAAUAGUGUUAUCCAGUGAAAGUUCCAAUCUUCCAGUAUGCACAAAUGAACGAUUGAGCAUUCUAAAAAAACAAAGAAGUUAUAAUAUUGCACCAACUGAUGCAUCAGAAAUUAAAAUUUUGUUGGGCAUUACGCUUAUAAUGGGUUAUAAUCAACUUCCAGAGAUUUCUGAUUACUGGUCCCAAAAUGAAUCCAUGGGAAAUGAGUACAUAAAAAAGGCGAUGUCGCGAACUCGUUUUCAGACCUUAAUGUCAAAAUUAUAUUUUAACUUCCCUGAGAAACCUGAAGCAGCAUCUAAGCUUUAUUAUAUAGAAGAAGUUACCAAUUGCUUGAAAUAUACGUUUGUCAAAACUCGUACCGAUAGUUUGCGUCAAAGCAUCGAUGAGUCCAUGGCAAAAUUUAAAGGUCGAUCUUCUCUAAAGCAAUAUCUUCCGAUGAAGCCGACUAAACGUGGCAUAAAAAUUUGGCAAAGGUGUGAUUCUAAAACUGGUUAUACAUAUGAUUUUAAUAUUUAUGCGGGUAAAGAGGAAUGCUCAACAUUAUCAGGAACUUUAGGGGAGAGAGUCGUUUUUAAAUUGUGCAAAACUAUUCGAAAUCCAGAUACUGUGUUGGUUUUUGACCGUUUUUUCACCUCAUAUAAUCUGAUGAAAACUUUGCCAUUUGCUUGCGUAGGAACAUGUAUUCAAAAUAGAAAGAACUUGCCAACCAUUAGUGACCGUUUGAAGAAAGGUGAAUGUAAAUUUUGCAUUAGCGAAACCGGUAUAAUGGUAGCAAAAUGGCAGGACUCACGUGAAGUUAUUGUUAUGAGUAACUGUCAUAGUCCUACAAUGUCCGCAGUCUUCAGAAAGCAAAAAGAUGGUUCAAGGGUUGUUACUAACUGUCCUAAAGCAUUGGCUUUCUAUAAUGAGAACAUGGGAGGAGUUGACAUAUCUGAUCAAAAGGUUAAAACUUAUGAACAGAACAGACAAUCAAGCAAAUGGUGGCGUAAAGUAUUUUUCAAGCUUCUCAUGACAUCUAUUAACAGCUCAUUGCGCAAGGAAGAGUUGGGACAAAAGUCAAAAGGACAUCUACAACAAAAGGACCAGGUCAAAAAGAGCAAAAAAAAUGUUAAACGUGGGAGAUCAUAUGCCAGUAAAAGGUGA